AUGCGUACUCUCACAUGGCUCGAGACCCUGCUGCUGGCCCCAGCAGUCUUGGGCCGGAAUGACUACGGUUCGUUUGAGGACCCGGUCAACCACGCACGCGUGAAAUUCCGAUACUGGCUCCCCGAUGCGAGCGUGGACGCCAACACCGUACAAAGUGACAUCAAAUCAGCUGGGUCGAUUGGAGCCGGUGGCGUGGAGUUCCUGCCGCUGUAUAACUAUGGAGGAUCGUUGGCGCCGCCGCCUGAGGGGGCUGAUUGGGCAACGUAUGGCUUUGGGACGCCGGCAUUUAAUCAGAUGUUCAAGGCUUCGUUGAAGGCGGCGAAGGAUGCGGGGAUGGUGUUUGAUUUUGCGUUGGGACCGAAUCAGGGGCAGGGAGUUCCGGCUGUUACUACAGAUGAGGGGUUGCAUUGGGAUUUGGCGCCGUUCAAUGCAAGUGUCCCUGCGAAUGGAUCCUACAGUGGCACUGUUCCUGGAUGGGGUGCGGGCGAGCUAGUUGCGCUCGUUUCGGCAGAGGUUUUGUCCUCACCGAUCAUUCACAAUCCGGCAAGCACUACUUUUAGUACUCCUUCGACGAACUCUACGCGUCUAGUACUACGAAGCGAUUCCCUUACGGACCAGACAAACAAAGUCCAGAAUGAUGGGACCGUGAACCUGCGUUUCAACGCCACUGGCGCGGACUAUCGUCUUUUCGCAUAUUAUCAGUACCAGGAUCUUGCGAAGAAUCUUGACAUUCAAACCAAUACUACGGGAACAAUCUUCGACAACGGCUCUUAUACCGUGGAUCACUUCAGUUCUCGCGGUGCACAAACGACCAUUGAUUUCUGGGAGAAGCAUAUCCUCAAUGACACGGAGAUCAAGCAGCUUUUGUCGGAAGUCGGGAAGUACGCUUGGGAGGACAGCCUUGAAGUUAAGUCCAAUAUCUCUUGGUCGCCUUCGCUACCACAGCGUUUCCGAGAGAUAAACGGAUAUGACCUGCGGAAGUACCUACCUUUGGUUCAAUUUGGCAACAACAACCCUGGUGUGCAGCCAUCCUAUCCAGGUGAUCUGGCGUGUGUGCUUGAUUCAGAAGAUUCUGGGAAAGGCUUCGUCAAUGAUUAUCGGGAAGCCUUGGCCCAGGGAUAUCAGGAUUACCUGAAGACAUUUACAUCUUGGGCUGAGGAUUUGGGCUUGGAAUACUCAGCACAAGUCUCGUAUAACUUCCCACUGGACAUGGAAUCAAGCAUCGAGUACGUCAACGCACCCGAGUGCGAGAGUCUAGCCUUCAACGACAACAUCGACGGCUAUCGCCAGUUCGCUGGAGUCGCCAACGUUGCCCAGAGACAAGUUAUCUCCAACGAGAUGGGUGGUGAUCUGCGAAAGGCCUUCAGGCUCACUGUUUCCCAUUUGCUGUGGCAGAUCAACAGUGCCUUUGCAGGGGGUGUGAAUCAAGUUGUUUUGCACGGUCAGACCUACACUGGCAACUACUUCGAGACAACGUGGCCGGGAUACACGGCAUUCUUCAUGCUCUUUUCUGAAUCCUACAACGACAAGCAGCCUGCAUGGCUACACAGCUACCCCGAGGCAAUCGCCUACACCAGUCGAAACCAGUACAUCCUGCACCUGGGACAGCCGCGGACAGACGUUGCCUUUUUCAACAAGGCUUCUGUCACGGAUCCGCAGGUGGGCACCAUGUACACUGGCCAAGACCUCAUCGAUGCUGGAUAUACAUACACCUAUCUAUCGCCGGAUAACUUCAACAUGACCAACGCACGCGUGGCCGACGGCCUCCUCGCACCGGAAUCACCAGCAUACAAGGCAAUGGUCAUCACCAGCCACCAGAACGUCACCCUGGACGCCGUCAAUCGACUCCAGCAAUACGCACAGGACGGACUACCCAUAAUCCUCAGUGGCGGUCUACCCGGAUACUACGCCUCUAGCAACGCCGCCGACGUAAGAGCCGUCUCUUUAGCCUUACAAAAGCUCAAGAACACCAAGAACGUAUACAGCGUCGGAACCCACGAGAUCGCGCAAAAGCUAACGGCCCUGAACCUCGCCCCUCGCGUCCGCGUCCAAACAAACGGCACCUGGUACCCCGUUUUCCGGACCGACAACGCCACGGACUACGCGUUUCUAUUCUCAACAGCCAGCAGUGUCUCAUCGGGGAGUAUCACUGUGCAAACCACCAAGACGCCGUAUUUCUUCGAUAGCUGGAGCGGCAAGCGUGCGCCGGUGCUGCACUACCAGAUUCAGAAUGGCAAUUUGUCUAUUCCACUCAGUUUGGCUUCGAACCAGACAGUGGUGUUGGCGUUUAGCAAUGAGCUAGCUUCUGAAAUCGACACACCAUCCGCACAUGCCGUGCAGCUCCCGCCGAACGUACUGGGAUACAACUACACCAAAUCAAACGGUCUAGCCCUACACGUCGCUCCUGGUUCAUCAAGCACUGUCAAACUCUCCAAUGGCAAAACACACUCCCUCAAAGCCAACAGUACCAACACCAGAGCACCAUUCAACCUAUCCAACUGGACCCUAACAGCCGAACAUUGGGAAGCACCAUCCAACUUCUCAAACGCCAGCAUUCCCGCCGUGAAACACAACACCACGCACCACCUCCAGGACCCUUCGCUACCCUCCUGGCUCGAUAUCCAAGGCCUGCAUAAUACAUCUGGCGUGGGGUACUACACAACGACAUUUACCUGGCCAUCCAGUAGCGAAAUUACCGGAGCAUACAUUUCCCUCCCACCAGUCUCCCACGGCCUGCAAGUCUCCAUAAACAACCACCGCCUUUCAGCGCUGGAUUUCAGCAAUCCCACCGCAGAUAUUGGGCCUUGUCUGAUCUCUGGGACGAAUAAGGUUGAGGUUGUCGUGCCGACGGUGAUGUGGAAUUAUAUCCGCAGUUUGUAUGAUAGGAUUCGGAUUGCCGGGUCGGAGCCGAUGUUGAGUAGCACGGGGCCGUUGCCGGAGGAUGUGGAGAAUGGGUUGGUUGGGGAGGUGAGGAUUUUGCCGUAUGUUGUUAGGAGGGUUGAUGUUUAG